AUAGGUGGUCUCGUUUUGUUUGGCUGCGCAACUUAGAUGCGUGAGAGGGUUUCCUUCUCUUUACGCUUUAAGGAUUCAGUCAUCGCGAUGGCCACCGGGACACCGAGCCUGAGUCGCUGCCUCGGCGACACGUAGGGUGGCGUGGAGGAACAAAAAAAAAAGGUCUCCUAGAGUCAGAUUUAUCUGUGCGUAAAACUCUCUGUCUGUCUUUAAAGCUCUAAAUAAAUCCGGACUCCUUUUAUUAUCAUUAAUAUAUAUAUUAUAUAUAUAUAUAUAUAUAUAUAUUUUUUUUUUUUUUUUUACUGGGAUGACGACCGAAACCGCGCAGCAGCAACUGGACCCGCCGCAGUCUUUGCGCUCGAGUCCCGUGCAGAGCUCGCGCACGGUUCUGGAGAGCACCAAAAGCAAAAAGUCCAACUCAGGCAUGAGGCGGCCCGAGAAGCCGCCCUACUCCUACAUCGCCCUGAUCGUCAUGGCCAUCCAGAGCUCUCCGACCAAACGGCUGACUCUCAGCGAGAUCUACCAGUUCCUCCAGGCGCGCUUCCCGUUUUUCCGUGGCUCGUAUCAAGGCUGGAAAAACUCUGUCCGCCACAACCUGUCUCUCAACGAGUGUUUCAUCAAGCUGCCCAAGGGCCUCGGUCGGCCCGGGAAGGGCCACUACUGGACCAUCGACCCUGGGAGCGAGUUCAUGUUUGAAGAAGGCUCGUUUCGGAGGCGCCCGCGCGGUUUCCGGAGAAAGUGCCAAACUCUGAAACCCAUGUACCGGAUGAUGAACGGGCUUGGGUUUGGGGCCUCUGUGCUGCAGCAGAACUUUGACUUCCAGCCGCCACCGGGGCCGCUCGCAUGCCAUGCUGCAGGAAGCUACAACCUGGACGCCAUGACGAGCGGCGCGUAUGACGGACUCAGCGCCGCUGCGCAUCACGUCCCGAGUCCGAGCUCAGCCUACAUGUCCCCGGCGUGCCAGGUGACCUCGAGCGGCGCUGGAGGAGGAGGAGGAGGAGGAGGCAGCGGCGGUGAUUACGCGCACGACAACAACGGCAACAGCACCGGAAGCGGCAGCAGCCCUCUUCAUUCACCGCCGGCCAUGAGUGGACCUCUGGAGUGUCCUUCACCAUACACCGCCGCCGCGCACUGGCCCUCAUCCGCCGUGUCCCCCUACAUCAAGCAGUCUCCCCUGGCUGCAGGCAGCCCCACUUCCUCCUCAUCCUCCGCCUUGCACUCGGGUGUGGCACCGUACGCCCUGGAGCAGACCUACCUGCACCAUGGAGCCAGAGAGGCAGCAGAUAUCUCAGUGGGAAUCCCUCGGUAUCAGUCUCACUCUUCUCCGGUGUGCGACAGGAAAGACUUUGUGUUGAACUUUAACGGCAUCGCCUCGUUUCACCCGAGUGCCGGAGGAUCCUACUACCAUCAUCACCACCAUCAUCACCAUCACCAGCUCCACCACCAAGGAAUCUGUCAAGACAUCAAGCCGUGUGUGAUGUAGAGCUGAACAGGACAGAGGGACACAAAGACAAAGACGUACCACAGACAGAGACUGAGACGGUGUGUGUGUGUGUGUGUGUGUGUUUAUAGUCUGUCGGUCCGAAAGUUCUAGAAGAUGCGGCGAUUCUGAAAGGACUUGUGAAGUGUAAAUUAUGGGAAAAAAACCUGAAGGAAACAAUAAUAGGAUCGUUUUGGAUUGACAUAAAUAUAUAGAGUGUUGACUUUUCUCUCACACAGAGAGAGAGAGAGAGAGAAAAGAAAGAAAGAAAGAAAGAAAGAAAGAAAGAAAGAAAGCACACUUUUCCUCUCUUACUAAAAACAAUUUCAGGUUUCUUGAGAAACCUGCCUGACAUUUCCUAUAUCUUAAAUUCUUAUUGAUUUUUUUUUCUCCAGCUGGAAAAGUGUAAAGCCUGUAAAAGAUAAUCCAUGACUGCACUUAUUUUAGUCCUUCAGUGUGUCCCCAGGCAGUGUAUUCAUGCUGUAACACAAACCGCAGGCGCUGUCGGGAAAUUUCCCUGCAUUUAUGUACAGCUCAAUAAAAGCGAUAUAUUCCAAAAACAAACAAACAAAACAAAAAUCAGUGUUUAAUCCACUGAUGGGGAAGAUCUUUAAAGAUUUGUUUCAUUACGCAUGAUGGGUUGGGGUUAAAAUGGUUAAACUUGGUCUCUGAAGAAGAAGAAGAAGAAGAAGAAGGGAAAUAUAUACUGUAGCUUCCUGAGCUUUAAAUAAACCACAUUUCCACUGGUUCCAUGGUAAAUUAUGACAGCAGGAUUGUUAUGCUUUAUUUUGGGGAAGAACAAAAGAAAACAAAACAAAUGAAUUCUCAGUGUGUUUAUAUGAGAGAAAUGAGUGCCUUUACGUCACAUCCAAAUGUAAAAAUAUUACAGUAAUAUAUAAAAUAAAAA